AUGUCGAACAGAAAUCCAGAUGGGAACAUCCGGUCCUCCAUGGAAAGAUCAAGCAACCCAAGAAACGACGAAGCGCCGCUCCCAACUCCACCCGCAAGCAGAGCGCCACCAGCUGUUCAUGACUCACCGCGGACCGCGUUCGAUACUUCUGAGCUCCGAGAACGAGUUGAUGGCGUCCUACAAUCUGAUAUCGGAGUGAUCACCCUCUUGAAUCGAUUGAAGCAGAGCAUUGCUUCGGCCAGGGAUUUCACAUACUUCCUCAAAGAACGCUCCGCUCUCGAAGAGAAACAUGCUCAAGGGCUCAAGAAGCUAUGCAGAAGUACACUCGAGCUUAUCGGAAGACCAGAGAGUAGGCAGGGCUCUUUUGCACAAAGCUACGAGGAAAUCACCAGCAUACAUGAUCGCAUGUCGGAUCAUGGGCUUGAGUUUGCCAUGUCACUUCACCAAAUGUCGGACGAUCUGCAAGAAAUGGUUUCGAACAUCGAGCGGGGGAGAAAGCAUUGGAAGCAUACUGGCUUGACUUCAGAACAAAGAUUGCAAGACGCAGAAGCUGCUGUCGGAAAGGCCAAAAACAAGUACGAGACCCUUGCUGAGCAAUACGACCGUGCUCGUACAGGUGAUCGUCAAUCUGGCAGAUUUGCUCUCAAGGCGAAGUCGGCAGCUCAACAGGAAGAAGACCUAAAUCGCAAAGCUCAAGCAGCUGACGCCGAUUACGCCUCCAAAGUACAAGCUGCCCGAGCCUCAAGGCAAGAGCUGAUCACCUCCCUAAGACCGCAAGCCGUGCGAGCCCUGACAGAGCUCAUAACGGAGUGCGACUCCGGGCUCACGCUUCAACUCCAGAAGUUUGCAUCUCUCAACGAGAGGUUGCUUCUUGGAAAUGGACUGUGUGUCAGCCCCUUGAAGAACCAACCCAGUGGAAUAGCCCCGCACACUCGGAGUCUGAGAGAAGUGGCCCAUAACAUUGACAAUGAAAAGGAUUUCAGAGAUUAUAUCCUGAUUUUCUCCAACAAGGCCGGGUCACGGACAUCUGAAAUAAAGUAUGAAAAGCAUCCAGCUCUAGUCUCCUCCAAACAGGCCCAACCGCCAUCUCAACCACCUCAGCAAUCUUUCAACACUCCGACAAACACCUACCAAAACGCAAGCCCGGUGGCUUCUAGCUCACCUGGCGGAUACGAACGAGGUCAUCGUCCAUCACAAUCGGGUCAAAUCUCCGGUGUGACACCUUACCAGCCACCUAACCGUGAGGGCUACCCCAUGCAGGUGCCUCAAACCCAGUAUCCCGGUGGACACACAUCACUAUCCCAUUCACAACCACCCCGUUAUCUAGGUGCACAGAUUCCCGAUAUCCCCCCUCACUCUCCACUUAUCAUGCCUGGCACAAACCUGGGUACACCAGAUGGGCCCAAAACAGAUACACCACCCAACUUUGGUGAUACCAAUAGGAUGCGAUCAGAGUCUGGCUCUGGAACCGGUUCAAUGAUCCCCCACAUGAAUCAAUAUCGCGAUGAUGUACAGUCCAGACCCUCACAAGCACCGAACAAUCACUUCCAACAACUACCACGGUCACAGCCAUCUUACGACAGUUUUGGUCCCCCCGCCCCUCAGCAGAGCACGUCAUUGCCGAACACUGGUCAACCAAGACACAGCGAUGGGCCACGACCGGAUCUGCCACCACUGAAUCCGGUUUUUGGUGUCACAUUAGACGAGCUCUUCCACCGUGAUGGGACUGCGGUACCCUCGAUCGUGAAUCAGUGUACGAGUGCUGUCGAAUUCUUCGGUUUGGAUGUUGAGGGCAUUUACCGAACAUCCGGAUCGAAUCCCCACAUUAUGGAAAUGAAAGCCAUGUUCGACAAUGAUUCCUCUCAGGUCGACUUCCGCAACCCUACCGUCUUCCAUCAGGACAUUGCUUCUGUAGCCACACUGCUUAAACACUUCCUUCGUGACCUCCCAGACCCACUCCUCACCUCCGCAAAUUACAACUCCUUCAGAACCGCCGCCAGAAUUGAAGAUGACAUCGGCCGCCGCGAUUCGCUGCACGCAAUUAUUAACGAGCUUCCCGACCCGCAUUACGCUACACUCCGUCAGCUGACGCUGCAUCUGUACAAGGUGGCAGAACACAGCCCACAGAAUAAGAUGACGCCAAGUAAUCUCGCGAUUGUGUUUGGACCGACGCUGAUGGGACAAGGAGGUGGGCCUGGGCUCGGAGAUCCGAAUGAUGCAGCGUGGCAAGCCAGGGUAGUUGAGACGAUCAUUCUGAAUACGUAUCAAAUAUUUGAUGACGAUGACUGA